AGAAAGCGAAGAUUCGCUCACACAUACCACCAACAUUAUCACCCGUCCCCAACACACACACACACACACACACACACACACACACACACACACACACACACACACACACACACACACACACACACACACACACACACACACACAGAGUCCCUCAGCGCUUUGCAGUGAGAUCAGCCGACCUCAACACAGCGAGAAAGACAAAGCCAAUCAAACAGCGACGUGGGUUAGAGAGGCGGGACUCAAAAAAAGGCAAAGGCCAAUCCUUUUAGAGAGGAAUAUUUGAACCGAUCCUUAUAUCUGAGAAUGGCGGACAAGCAAAACCAUGAACAAAGUUUUGCAAGUCCAACAGGGGACGACAAAGAAAGCAAUAAAACUUCAGAAGUUAGCCAAACUCAAGGAAAAGCUGUCAAGAAGAAAAAACGUGUGAGAAAUAAGCAAAGUGCUGAACGGGCGUCAACAGACAAAAUCGUUACACAACAUGACACAUCUCAUGAACCAUCUGGUAAAGAAAAACAGCACAUAUUCUUGCAAGCUAACUGUGACCAGUCAACCCAGACAGAAACUCCUAAAAACAUAUUCAAGGACCAGGCUACUCAAACUAUACCACUCGAGCACAUUCUCACACAGACUUCCGAAUCAAAAUCAACGCAAACACAACCUGCCAGGCUCUCAUAUAAACAGUUGUAUGAAAGCCAGGCAUCUGUAAAUGAAGACCAGGAUGGCUCUCCUGAUCAGUGCAGAAACCCAGAGCAGCUCACUGUGCUCACCUGGAACAUAGAUGGUUUAGACCCUGAAGACCUCAGAGAACGUAUCCCAAGCCUGUUGUUGCAUUUAGGAAAGUACCGUGCAGAUGUGGUCCUACUUCAAGAACUUGUGCCACCUUACAUGAAGAUUUUAAAAGAGAUUAUGACAGAUUAUGAGUUUUUGGCAGGCAGUGAUGAUGGCUAUUUUACUGGAAUACUGCUUCGAAGAUGCAGAAUGGAAUUAGUUCAGAGCAACAUUGUGAAGUAUCCCACUACAGAAAUGGGAAGGAAUCUGUUAAUGGCUGAGGUAAACUUCUCAGGCCAUCAGCUUUGUUUUAUGACCUCUCACUUGGAGAGCUGCAAGACCAGCUCACAGGAGCGCAUGAACCAGAUGCGCAGGGUCUGGAAGAGGAUGAGGGAGGCACCAGAGAGCCAGACGGUCAUAUUUGGAGGAGACACCAACUUGAGAGACAGGGAGGUGAAGAAUUUAGGAGGUCUCCCUGAUGAUAUUACAGAUGUAUGGGAGAUGCUUGGAGAGCCUGAGGACUGCAAGUACACUUGGGACACUGUCAAUAAUAAUAACAAGGACCUACCAUUCUCUGCACGGUUGCGUUUUGACCGCGUUUACAUGAGAGCAGCUAGAGAGGGUGCUCAACUACAGCCAGACUCCAUGACACUGGUGGGCCUGAAUAGAUUAACAUGUGGUCGUUUCACCAGUGAUCACUGGGGUAUUCUUUGCAAGUUCUCUUUUAAGUCAUCAUUGGAGCAGGUCUUAUGAAAUUCCUCUUACAAUUGUACUUUAUUAUCUCAAGGAGAUUUUUCUUACUGGCAUUGCCUCUGGGUUGCAAAUUAGGGAUUAAUAAAUUUAUAGUUUAUUUCUUUAAAGCUGCUUUGUGACAAUGCCCAUGGUUAAAAGCACUUUACAAAUAAAAUUUUAUUGAAAUUUAACAUAAUAUAAUAACAGAAAUGCUGGAACCUGUUUAGAGUAAAUUCAAGAAUUAAAAAAAAAACUCUUUGCUUUCCCUUUGGUAAUCAUUAGGUAUAAUCUGUCACAAUCCAAGCAUUUGAUAUUACAGAAAUAAUUAUGGAAAUUACGGAUAUUAACUCAAUAUCAAAAUAGUCAUUUUAAACUAUGCUUUUUUCCUGGUGUUUAUGAUGUCUUUCCACUGGAGGGCACUCUGUAACAAUUCCUCUCAGUGCCCUCCCGCUCCCGCUUCUAUUCUAUAAGCUGUUGUAUUUACAAGUCAGCAUUACCAUUGCUGUAUUUAGUAGUCCACACAUGCAAGGGAAUAUAAAAGAGCCAUUAUAAAACAAAAUCACAUCAUCAAUAACUCAUCAGCAGUUAUAUGCUGCUGCUUUACUCAAAAUGUUGAGCUUCUCUUACAACUGAACUGGUGUGUAUUCUUAAGUGUACUGACAUAGACGUAUAUGAUUCAUUUCCUUGAUUUAAUUUAAGAAAUUGCGUUACCCUUGGCCAGAAUCAGCAUUAUGUUUUUAUUGCCAUGCUUUGCAGUGAGGGAUUUGUUUUCUUUCAGUCACCUUUGCAGGCAAAACUGGACAACCUUGUCUAAACAGAUGGAUGGGAAUAAUUCUUUGGUGGGGAGUUAGGAAACAGGGCCCUGUGUUUUCAUUUGGAAAAUUGAUAUAGACCUCAUCUUCUCUGCUGCUUAAUCCAAACAGAAUUGAAAUAUCUGGUAAAGUCCACUGGAAAUCAGGAACGGUGGCAGGCUGUCAGCAAAAAUAAUUAUUUGUUAUUGGAGUUUUGGGGAAAUGGGUUAGCAAAGAGAAAUGUCCUUGCACACUCUAUAUCCAGCUAAGAAGAUGGUCUGUGUCCAUCUCCAUUGGAUAGCACAGCUUACAUGAGUGUGUCUACCUUUCUCUUUUCAUUUGAAAUGUUCACUUGUUUUAAUCAGAAGUGAUUUUAAAUGUUGCAAUCUUAAGAUUCAACCACCAUGUUUGAGAUGAAAUAAAUUCAGAGAUUUUUUGAUGUGUAA